GCGGCCCCGGAGGUUUCACUGCACAACAAGAUGGCGGCGGCGGCGGCGAGCGGAGCUGGCGGGGCUGCCGGGGCCGGGGCGGGGGGAGCCGGGCCGGCGGGCCGCCUGCUGCCUCCGCCCGCCCCGGGGCCCCCGGCCGCCCCCGCUGCCGGGCCCCCGGCGGCUGGCCCGCCGCGUCCCCCAGCGCCGGCCUCCCGCGGGCCGGUGCCUGCCCGCAUCGGCUACUACGAGAUCGACCGCACCAUCGGCAAGGGCAACUUCGCCGUGGUCAAGCGGGCCACGCACCUCGUCACCAAGGCCAAGGUUGCCAUCAAGAUCAUAGACAAGACCCAACUGGAUGAAGAAAACUUGAAGAAGAUUUUCCGGGAAGUUCAAAUUAUGAAGAUGCUUUGCCACCCCCAUAUCAUCAGGCUUUACCAGGUUAUGGAGACAGAACGGAUGAUUUAUCUGGUGACAGAAUAUGCUAGUGGAGGGGAAAUAUUUGACCACCUGGUGGCCCAUGGUAGAAUGGCAGAGAAGGAGGCCCGUCGGAAGUUCAAACAGAUCGUCGCAGCCGUCUAUUUUUGUCACUGUCGGAACAUUGUUCAUCGUGAUCUAAAAGCUGAAAAUUUGCUUCUGGAUGCCAAUCUGAAUAUCAAAAUAGCAGAUUUUGGCUUCAGUAACCUCUUCACUCCUGGGCAGCUGCUGAAGACCUGGUGUGGCAGCCCUCCCUAUGCUGCACCAGAACUCUUUGAAGGAAAAGAAUAUGAUGGGCCCAAAGUGGACAUCUGGAGCCUUGGAGUCGUCCUCUAUGUGCUUGUGUGCGGUGCCCUGCCGUUUGAUGGAAGCACACUGCAGAAUCUGCGGGCCCGGGUGUUGAGUGGAAAGUUCCGCAUCCCAUUUUUUAUGUCCACAGAGUGUGAGCACUUGAUCCGCCACAUGCUGGUGUUAGACCCGAACAAGCGCCUCUCUAUGGAGCAGAUCUGCAAGCACAAGUGGAUGAAGCUAGGGGACACCGAUCCCAACUUUGACAGGUUAAUAGCUGAAUGCCAACAACUAAAGGAAGAAAGACAAAUGGACCCCCUGAAUGAGGAUGUCCUCCUAGCCAUGGAGGACAUGGGACUGGACAAAGAGCGGACACUACAGUCGUUAAGAUCAGAUGCCUAUGAUCACUAUAGUGCAAUCUAUAGCCUGCUGUGUGAUCGACAUAAGAGACACAAAACCCUGCGUGUCGGAGCACCUCCUAGCAUGCCCCGAGCCAUGGCCUUUCAAGCCCCGGUCAGUAUCCAGGCCGAACAGGCUGGUACCACGAUGAACAUCAGUGUUCCCCAGGUGCAGCUGAUCAACCCAGAGAACCAAAUUGUGGAGCCGGAUGGAGCAGUGAACUUGGACAGUGAUGAGGGUGAAGAGCCUUCCCCUGAAGCGUUGGUCCGCUAUUUGUCAAUGAGGAGGCACACAGUGGGUGUGGCUGACCCACGCACGGAAGUUAUGGAAGACCUGCAGAAGCUCCUACCUGGCUUUCCUGGAGUCAGCCCGCAGGCCCCGUUCCUGCAGGUGGCCCCUAACAUGAACUUCAUGCACAACCUGUUGCCCAUGCAAAAUUUGCAACCAACUGGGCAGCUUGAGUACAAGGAGCAGUCCCUGUUACAGCCGCCCACCCUACAGCUGCUGAAUGGAAUGGGCCCCCUUGGCCGGAGGGCAUCAGAUGGAGGAGCCAACAUCCAGCUACAUGCCCAGCAGCUGCUGAAGCGCCCACGGGGACCCUCUCCUCUUGUCACCAUGACACCAGCAGUGCCAGCAGUUACCCCUGUGGACGAGGAGAGCUCGGAUGGGGAGCCAGAUCAGGAGGCUGUGCAGAGGUACUUGGCAAAUAGGUCCAAAAGACAUACACUGGCCAUGACCAACCCUACAGCUGAGAUCCCACCGGACCUACAACGGCAGCUAGGACAGCAGCCUUUCCGUUCCCGGGUCUGGCCCCCUCACCUGGUACCUGAUCAGCAUCGCUCUACCUACAAGGACUCCAACACCCUGCACCUCCCCACGGAGCGUUUCUCCCCUGUGCGCCGGUUCUCAGAUGGGGCUGCAAGCAUCCAGGCCUUCAAAGCUCACCUGGAAAAAAUGGGCAACAACAGCAGCAUCAAACAAUUGCAGCAGGAGUGUGAGCAGCUGCAGAAGAUGUACGGGGGGCAGAUUGAUGAGAGAACCCUGGAGAAGACCCAGCAGCAGCAUAUGUUAUACCAGCAGGAGCAGCACCAUCAAAUUCUCCAGCAACAAAUUCAAGAUUCUAUCUGUCCCCCUCAGCCUUCACCACCUCUUCAGGCUGCGUGUGAAAAUCAGCCAGCCCUCCUCACCCACCAACUCCAGAGGUUAAGGAUUCAGCCUUCAAGCCCACCCCCGAACCACCCCAACAACCAUGUCUUCAGACAGCCCAGUAAUAGUCCUCCCCCCGUGAACAGUGCCAUGAUCCAGCCUCACGGUGCUGCAUCUCCUUCCCAGUUUCAAGGCUUACCCUCCCGCAGUGCAAUCUUCCAGCAACAGCCUGAGAACUGUUCCCCUCCUCCCAAUGUGGCACUAACCUGCUUAGGCAUACAGCAGCCUACCCAGUCACAGCAGGUGACCAUCCAAGUACAGGAGCCCGUUGACAUGCUCAGCACCAUGCCUGGGACAGCUGCAGCCCCUGCUGGGCGGGGCAUCUCCAUUAGCCCCAGUGCCAGUCAGAUUCAGAUGCAGCAUCGUACCAACCUGAUGGCCACCUUCAGCUACGGGCACCGGCCCUUGUCCAAGCAGCUGAGCGCUGACAGUGCAGAGGCCCACAGCUUGAACGUGAAUCGGUUCUCCCCUGCUAACUACGACCAGGCGCAUUUACACCCCCAUCUGUUUUCGGACCAGUCCCGGGGUUCCCCCAGCAGCUACAGCCCUUCAACAGGAGUGGGGUUCCCUCCAACCCAAGCCCUGAAAGUCCCUCCACAUGACCAAUUCCCCACCUUCCCUCCCAGUGCACAUCAGCAGCCACCGCACUAUACCACGUCGGCACUACAGCAGGCCCUGCUGUCCCCCACGCCGCCAGACUAUACAAGGCACCAGCAAGUACCCCACAUCCUUCAAGGACUGCUCUCUCCCCGACAUUCGCUCACUGGCCACUCGGACAUUCGGCUGCCCCCAGCAGAGUUUGCACAGCUCAUUAAAAGGCAGCAGCAGCAGCGACAGCAGCAGCAGCAACAGCAGCAGCAAGAGUACCAAGAAUUGUUCAGGCAUAUGAACCAGGGGGAUGCUGGGAGUCUGGCUGCCAAUCUUGGGGGACAGAGUAUGACAGAGCGCCAGGCUUUACCGUAUCAAAAUGCUGACUCGUAUCACCACCACCAUACCAGCCCCCAGCAUCUUCUACAAAUCAGGGCGCAAGAAUGUAUCUCACAGGUUUCCUCACCCACCCCGACCCAUGGUUAUGCUCACCAGCCGGCACUCAUGCAUUCAGAGAGCAUGGAAGAGGAGUGCUCGUGUGAGGGGGCCAAGGAUGGCUUUCCAGACAGGAAGAGUUCAAAUACAUUGACCAAAGGUUGCCAUGACAGCCCCCUGCUCUUGAGUACUGGCGGACCUGGGGACCCUGAAUCUUUACUAGGAACUGUGAGUCAUGUACAGGAACUGGGGAUGCAUCCGUACCGACAUCAGCCAACUGCUGCUUUCAGUAGAAAUAAGGUGUCCAGCCGAGCUAGUACUCUUGUGCUCCUAAGGGAAAAAGAAUUCCUAAGACCUUCAGGACCUUCUAGGGGAGAAGCAUGUAGAAAGAGGGUAUUGAUAGAGUCUGUCAUAGGGAACUGCAUGGAUAGAAGUUCUCCAGGACAAGCAAUGGAGCUGCCAGAUCACAAUGGACUUGGGUACCCAGCACGCCCCUCAGUCAGUGAACACCACAGGCCCCGGACCCUCCAGAGACACCACACGAUUCAGAACAGCGACGAUGCUUACGUGCAACUAGAUAACUUGCCCGGAAUGAGUCUCGUGGCCGGGAAAGCACUUAGUUCCGCACGGAUGUCAGAUGCAGUUCUCAGUCAGUCCUCACUCAUGGGGAGUCAGCAGUUUCAGGAUGGGGAAAAUGAGGAGAGCGGGCAGAGUCUAGGAGGCCAUGAGCACUCAGACCUCACUGAUGGCAGCCAGCAUUUAAACUCCUCUUGCUAUCCAUCAACGUGUAUUACAGACAUUCUGCUCAGCUACAAGCACCCCGAGGUCUCCUUCAGCAUGGAACAGGCAGGCGUGUAACAGGAAAUGGAGAGUCUGUGUACAGCUCGCAGAUGAAGAGGCUGACUUUAAACCAACAGUAUCUAGCAGCAUUGCACCAAAUUGCCAUUGUGUUUCUCUCCACCCAGAACGUCAUGGCUCCUUUCCUCACAUUUGGUUCAUCAGUGUGCUGUUCUUUGGGUUCUGAGGGGGUUUUGCCAUGUUUGCUUGUAUGACCAAGUCACCAAGGAAAUAAACAGGAAAUCCAUGUUCGCCACCUUUUGUGAAAGCGUAUUUGGUGUAUUUGAGUUGGUGCUUUGGUUUGGUUUGGGUUGGGUUUUGGUUUGUUUUUGUUUUGCUUUGUUUUGUUUUUGAUAUGUUUUCUUUUGGAGGUGAUUUUCUUUCGUUUCUCCUUUUUUUUUCUUUCUUUUUCUUUUCGUUUUUGGGACAGAAAGGCAAAGCAGUUAGAGUACAGAGGCAGGGGACCCACAGCCUCUCCCCUCCCAGCCUCCGCCCACAGAGCACCCUCCAGGCCUCAGCAUUGCUCCUCCGAGGAAGCACAUUCUAAAGGAUAACAUCUUCUGGAAUCACAGUGGCUGGGAAAGUGAAAGAAGAAGGGUGAUGGCCCAUGGGACUUGGAGAGCAAAACGUUGAACCUGGGGAGGUCUUUACUGCUGGGAUCACUGAAGGACAUGUCUUGCCCAGCCAGGAUCAUAUCAGAACAUUAGCGUGGAGGCUGAGGGUGACCUGGCGUUGGUGGGCUGCCGGUCAGAAUGUCUCAGUGAGAGCCUGCUCUGCUCUAUAACUCAGCUCCCCGGCUGUCACAUGGCAAGUUGGUUGCCUUUGCCAUCCUACUGGUUCCAACCAUGGACUGAACACCCAAUAGUGGUGCAUUAUGCUUUUUGUGUCACCUUUCAUCCUCAUUUUAUAUUGUGCUAUAAAAAGGAUUGUCUUCAUAUAUAUAUAUAUAUAUAUAUAUAUAUAUAUAUAUAUAUAUACACACAUAUAUAUGUGUGUGUAUAUAUCUAUAUAUGCCUUUCCCUUUCAGCCUCUUUGUCACAAGCAAGAAGAAUAGGAGGUUGUCUUGGGUCCUGCCUCUCUCCUAACCUUCUCCUCCUCCGUGGGCAUCCUCAGCCCCUAUUUUAAUUCUUUAUCAUGUAGGAAUUGUUUUUGGUAAAUGUUGAUAUUAUUAUUAUUAUUAUUAUUAUUAUUAAUAAAUAAAAACAAAAGGAAUUUUUGUUUUAAAGAGAAAUGUUUAACCAGAUUCUGUUCUAUUUGAAUUGUGACUUGCACCUUUUGUUCAAAGUAUUUUAUUUAGACAUUGUAAUUGUGACCAGUUCUUACUUGUGCCAGUGACAGAAAUAGUGGUCUCCUUUCCCCAGUUGAAGCAGUGCAUAUGCAAUAGCUAUUGUGUCACUAUCUUUAUUUUUCUUCACUGUUAGAAACCAAAGUCUUCUCUGCUGGCUGGGGGCUGACAGAGGAUCUGGGUUAUCUCCUUCUGAUCUUCAAAACAAGAAAGAGAAGUUAAAUAUUCUGACUCUUGAUCUUUUUUUCUCAUAAAGGAGAGUAAAAGGUCCCCAGUCUCCUCCUAGUCUUUCAUCCUGAAUUUGCACAGAAGAAAGCGGGUGCCCAGCAUGGCCAUCCUGAUGUCGCUGACGGGAUCCCCAUGCAGCUUGUCCUUCUCACUGAUAUUGGCAGCUCAGCUCCUGGACCCAGUAUCCCUCGAGUGGAUUUCUGCAGAGCAAGAGUCUUUCUUGGGAUCUUUUCCAUGGUCCCCAAUCUCCCCUCCACUUAGCGGGGCCACCAACUACUCACCAGAAGGAGGCUACCAAGAAAGCCCUAACAGCUACUUUUUGACUUCUCUGGGCUUUUUCCAACUCCGAUGCCCCCCAACUGCGCCCCUACCCCCAUGCUCAGCCUGUUCCGUUUUCAUGGUACUGUAUUGAUGGAAGAGCAGACUGCCACCUCCAGCAACCACCCAGAUGAAAGCCAGUGAGCCUAUUAACCGUGCCAUCUUGCGAACUACACUUUUAAAAAAUCAUUGCUUUGUAUUGUAGUAACCAAUAUGCGCAGUAUAUGUUGAAUGUAUAUGGAUAUACUUUCCUAUUUCUGUUCUUUGAAAAUGUCAGAAGUAUUUUUUCUUUCUCAUUUAUGUUGAACUAAAAAAGGAUUAAAAAAAAUCUCCAGACCCAAGUUGCAGUAAGACCUUUAGUCCUUUCUUUGUGGGCACUUAACAACUUAGUAACUUAGUUGGACAGUAGGGGAUUGUGAAAAUAAAAACCUGAUUACGAUCUUA